UCAUAAAAAAACCAACUGAUGGCUGUCAAAAGUGCUUGUAACAGCUUAUACUGAAUAAAUAAUAUUGAAUUUGAAUAUAUGAUUAAUCUAUGGUCAUUGCAAUUUUUAAUAUUAUAUAAAUGUAUAUUUUAGGAUGGCGAGCUUCUGGAUGGCAAAACAAAACUGAGGAAAUGGCUAAACAUGAAUUUUAGAAUAGAAAUGACCGAUGGCCGGGUACUCAUUGGAGUUUUCCUUUGCACUGAUCGAGAUGCAAAUGUAAUUUUAGGUGCUUGCUCAGAAUAUCUCAAAAGCAGUGAAGGUGAGACAGAAGAGCCCCGAGUGCUUGGGUUAGUAAUGGUACCUGGUAGACAUAUUGUCUCCAUACAAAUUGAUGACACAACUCCUCCACAGAAAUACUAUUAUGAUGAAUAAUAUUAGUGCUGUGAUAAUUUGAUUUAUAUUAAAAUGUAAGGUUCCUCUAAAGCAAAAUAUAGUAUUUAUUUUUU